AUGGUUAAAUUAAUGGUUAUUUUAAUCGCCUACUCUUCUACAGGCUUCAGUCUGUCGUCCUCGGUCUUCUCCGUGGUUGUUCAACGCUUUGUCACAAAAAGUAUCGCCGCCGUCACCUUCGAGGACUGGAUUCUCUGCUGUGUCCGCCUGAAGAAUGCCUUCGAGAAUUCCAAGGCACAGUCCAAGACUAACGAUGGCCAUCUCAUAUUUACAGAAGAUGAUUUCUCCUUCUCUACGGUUUAG